GUUGUGAUGUUACAGUAUAUUCAACACAGAAGCCCACAUGAGACUCCAACUCUCUAUUAAGCCAUUAAAAAAAAAGAGAUGAAAGGCAUCAUCAAAUGACCCCCCUCUUCUCACUGAAUUUCUGUUUUUUGGGAAAACCUUAUUUUCUCACAAUAUGAUUCAUGUAAUGGGUUGCCUAAUGAAUAUUAUCUUUUAAAAUUGUUUAAUUUUCUCCUAAGAUACAGAUGAUAGAACAACCCAUAUAGACAAAGGCAAAUGGCCUGAGGCCAAAACUUUUGAGAAGUGCAGUCCUCUGACACAUGACUGGCCCUGAGCCCUGGGUCAGUCAAAGCCCAUUCCUAACACCCUAGCCUUCCCCCAUGCUGAGGGGAAAGCCUGACUCCCAGCUGACUUUAAGAAAAACAUUUCUUAAGGUAGCGAGAGUUAUGGCCUUCCAUCCUGCCCCCAAGUUUCUCCUUUUCUACACUAUUUAGACAACCGCAAGGAGGGAGGGUGGGGUGGGUGGUCAAUAGGAUGAGCGGAGGCAGAAGUGGGUAUGGCCACGCACGUCACAGAGCUUCUCCAAGCCCCUAGAGCAGUGGAUUGUGGGAUGGGGACCUCCACGUCAACCAAUGAAAAGCUGCAAAGCUGCUGCGUCAUAAGGGCGGCCCUGUCCGGGAGCCUACCACUGACCUUGCACUCGUCCUGCCCCCCGGGCUGCAGGCUAAGGCCCUUGCCUAGCCUGGCCGUCCAGCAUGGUGGACUACUACGAGGUGCUGGGCGUGCCUCGGCAGGCCUCGUCGGAGGCCAUCAAGAAGGCAUACCGCAAGCUGGCACUCAAGUGGCACCCAGACAAAAAUCCUGAGAACAAGGAGGAAGCAGAAAGGAGAUUCAAGCAAGUGGCCCAGGCCUACGAGGUGCUGUCUAACUCCAAGAAACGCAACAUCUAUGACCGUUAUGGCGAGGCAGGAGUGGAUGGCGGUGCCAGCGCCAGUGAGGCCUCCUUCGUCAACCCUUUCGAGUUUGUCUUCACCUUCCGCGACCCGGUGGAGGUCUUCAAGGAGUUCUUCGGGGGCCAGGACCCUUUCUCAUUUGACUUCUUUGGAGACCCACCUGAGGAUAUUUUUGGAGGCUGGAGGAGCUCCCAAGGAACCAGAAGGUCUGGAUCCCUUUCCUGUACCUUACGUGAAUUUCCAGCUUUUGGGAGAAGUUUGUCUUCCUUUGAUACUGAAUUGGCUUCCUUUGGUUCCCUGGGAAAGGGAAGGUUUUCUUCUUUAACUAUGUCUUGUGUUAGCGGUGGAACAGGCAGCUUCAAGGCCACGUCAACUUCCACCAAAAUAGUUAAUGGCAAAACAAUCAGUACCAAGAAAGUGGUUAAGAAUGGCCAAGAAAGGGUAGAAGUGGAAGAAGAUGGAAAGUUGAAGUCCCUUCUGAUAAAUGGCCAAGAACAGCUGCUGCACAUCAACACCAAGUAACUACCCUUGACUGGAAACACACUUGGGGAAUAGAAGGCCUUUUCGUUAAAAUUGCAAGUGAAGUCUACUUCCAGAACAGUUGUACCCAAGAAUUUAUAAACCAUUCAUGAUAGUGCCUAUUUCUUGUUAUUGUUGUGAUUACAUGAAUAGAAUGUUUGUCUUUAAAAUUGGUAAAAAUAUCGGGAUGCACUUUGAUAUAUAUUAAACUUCAUCUUGAGGCAAAGACGAUUUUGUAGUACUAGGACAAAAUAUCAUGAUACCUUACAUUUUUUCCAUUUGGUUUUGAGCUAGGCCACGUAUCUAGCUCUGAAGCAUUUAACUUUAAGUUCUUAAACAAUUGUACUGAAACAUACUUUUGCCAUAAAGAAGGCUUUUUGUUGUAUGUAAAUGAUGGUGGUGUGUUAACCAUUGCUUAAAUAAUUAUAGCUAGGCUCUUUACAAGCAGAUAAACCUAGCAAAGGGGAUAGAAUUCACUUCCUAGGUUGCAACAAAUUUCCACAAUCUGUACAUAUUUACUUUGUCUGAAUUUUGGAGUCCAUUAGUAUGAAAUUCAUUUCACUGGCCUGAAAGCAGGGUUAUCUGCAGCAUGCUCACUCUGAA